CCUUUACCAAUGCAAGAAAAUCCAAACAACACUACCUGUAAAACCCAGGCAAUUUUGGCUGCAUCCCAUGGAACUACUUGUUGGAAAAUAAGCCUUCGCUGCCGCCUUCUCCAUGACCUGUCUCUCUCCUCUUCCAUGGAUUUUCUUCUGUCUUUGUCUCAUCUUCUUUUUACUUUCUCUUUCUUUAUAAACCACUCUUUCAAAUCCAUACUUCUACUGUUUUUUCCUUCCAACGAUAUGCAGAGACAGCGAGAGAAUUCACAGUUCCUCCAAACAUGGAAUAACAAUUCUCUCAGUUCCUGUCCUAUAUCAUAUCUGCUAUAUAUUCAACUUGUUCAGACAGGUGAUUCCGUCAACAUGGGUGAACUUUUAUCUGAAAUUGUUCCUGCCUGGCUCCCUGAAUGCCAUCUAAGAAGCUUGUCAAAGGAUGUUGGCAACCUUCCUACUUGGCAUGAGGGGAGUCAUGCAGGCUCAAACAAUCAGAUAAUUUAGAUUUGCUUUAGCCUCAACUCAUCAUAUAUAUUGAAUCCUUCCUCAACAAAGGCAAAUUGGAUUUCCUGUAAGUUUUUCAAGCUCUUUGUCCUGGCCACAUUCUAAGGGUUCAAAAUAAUUGAUAUAAUAUGAUUAGCAUUUACAUUAAUUAUCUAUAUCUUAUGAAAAGACUUUAACCGAGAUACGAAUACGUGAAUAUUUCAUCUGUUUUAUAACAUAAAGUGCUAAAUUAAUAAUAAAAAUUUAAAUAAAAAUUUAGCUUUUAACUUUAAUCAAAUAUUUCCGCAUUGUUGUUUAUUUAGGUUUAAUUAUAAGUAGAUCUUAAAAAUGAAAUUUGAGUUAAAAGACAAA